AUGAUCAAGUUAGAGGGAAUAAUCUGGCAGAAACGCAAGUCCCGAGGACGCGGUCUUCGCGCUACGACUGGUUGCCUUAUCUGUAAACGCCGUCACGUCAAGUGCGAUGAAGUCCAUCCUCAAUGCGGUCCCUGUGCAAAGGGACGGCGUCCCUGUGUCUACGCGCAUUCGCAUCGCCGUGACGUUACUGCCCAUCCAGGAGCGUCCGAGUCCCCGCCAGACAAAGUUAGUGGAGACCAUAACAGCGGCAGCAACUCUAGCACUAGAUCCCUGCAGGUCGUGGUGGACUCUCGCCACCAAGGUCAACAGUCUAUUCGCCAAAAUAGCUCUUCCGUGGAGGCACAUCAUGCCGGCACGGACGAGAAUGUGGUAAUCCCCACUCCCAAACCGUCCGAUAGCUAUGUAUCAUCAUCAGGCACACAAGCAAGAAGUACACCCUUACGAUGGUUACAGCCUUUGGCAAAGGAUGUCAACAAUCCUGAUGGUGGGUUUCUGCUGUCGCCGUCGCAGGUAUCUCGCAAUCGGAUCGAGACUGGAGAGGACUCGCAGAAUAGCUCCAACCUGCGCCCUCACACAUUAAGAGACCAGGAGAGCUUUCAUGCUACGGCCUUCAGUCCGGAAAUUGGACAGCGAGUUGUGCCACAAUCACCCGGCACUUCGUCCGUUGCGACCAAGGCGCCCUCAUCAUGGACCUCAAGGUACCCAAUUCCUCUUUCGGACGUAGAGCAUCAUAUUUUCCAGCAUUUUGUGCGCGUCUCAAGCAAGUUGCUGGAUUUUUAUGACCCAGAAAUGCAUUUUGCAACAGCGGUUUCGCACAUAGCGCUUCAGAAUGUCGGUUUAAUAAAAGCAUUACUGGCUCUUUCUGCGCGACAUCUCUCACUUGGAAAAGCUGAGAAAGAUCAUGUUGUCCGUACAUCAGCUAAAAAGGAUGAAAUUCCGAGGCGUGGGAAAGAUACAAUGGACCGCAAUCUUGCGGCUAAAUAUUACUCAGAGGCCCUUGAUUAUCUGAACAAGGCAAUGCAGUACCCAUCCCAUGCGCGGAGCUUAGAUCUGAUUGUGACCGCCAUCCUCAUCAGCACCUACGAAAUGAUUGACGGCUCGAAUCAGAAUUGGGAAAGACAUCUAAAAGGUAUAUCCUGGAGGCAACAACUCCAGGGCAACAACGGAGAAUCAGGAGGGCUCCGAUCAGCCGUCUGGUGGGCUUGGCUUCAACAGGAUAUCUGGGCUGCCAUCAGAAGACGACGUCGAGUCUUUAGUUUCUGGAAACCUAGAAAGCCAGUGUCCACGCUCAUGAUGUCAGAGCUCGCAACUCGUGCCUUGUACCUGCUUUCCCAGUGUAUCAACUAUGCAUCGAAAGAAGAAGAGGAAGCUUCAGGUCUAGAGCGCCGCGUGGACCGGGGAAAUGAGCUGCUCUCUUUGCUCCAAGAAUGGCGUGAAGUAUUACCGCCAGAAUACAGCCCUCUGCCUUCCGUAUCCAGUAGUGAAAUCUUUCCGCCGAUUUGGGUGCAUCCACCGUCAUACGCCGCGGCUCUGCAAAUCUAUAGUCUCGCCCUGAUCCUCGUCAUCUUGCACCGUCCAUCCACCGGCGGCAUUGAUGACUAUCGCUCAACACAGCAUAUGCUGGCAGUUUCUGUGAGCACAAUUUGUGGAAUUGCAAGAUCUGUCGAUGAAAACGAUGAGGCAGCGAACAUGACCUCGUUAAACUGUUUAUUUGGGGGUAGGAUAACCUGGAACCUCCCUUUAUCGUAUAAUGCUAAUAUUUGA